GUGUGGAGCGAGCGGCAGCGGGAGCAGCGGGGACAGCCUGGACAAGAGCAUCACGCUCCCCCCCGACGAGAUCUUCCGCAACCUGGAGAACGCCAAGCGCUUCGCCAUAGACAUAGGUCGCCGCGGGCUGGCACAGGGAGCAGGGCGGCGUGGGCAGGCGUGGGCGCGGGCGGCUGGGCCGGCAGGCCGGGGUGGCGGCACGGACGAAGGGCGGGGCGCUGGCCGCUGGUGCCGCACGGCCUGUCGGGCCUUGUGGUCUGCGGCGGCCGGCGCGUACAGCCUAUCGGUCCUUGUAGUCUGUGGGCUGCCAGCGCGCGCGCGCUUGCCGCCGCGACCGGACUGCAGCUCCCAGCAGGCGCCGAGUGGCCGGAGCAGGGCAUGCCGGGGCUCGCAGUUCUGAGGGAGAAGCAGCCGGGCGGCCGCUCUGGCACUCUGCCUCGGACACGGGGUGGGGUGGGGUUCGGCCGCCUCGCGGGGCGUCUCCCCGCUGGCGGGAGAUCUGGGACCCAGUAUCUGGGGCCAGGGUUUUGGAGGACCCGCCCCCACGGGGCCCUCUUCCCUCCCCAACUCGCUGACGCCUGCCGACGACCGAUUUCUUAGAUAUGGUCGCUGAGGCGCGGAGACUCGGCUGGUCAGUGGCCAGUCCGAGCUUCAGCCUGAGCGCCCGGGACCCCCACGCGCCUGGCCAGGCAUGGCCGCGCUGUAAACGCUGGGACGGACUUUGCGAUUCUCCCCGGAGGGGUUCGGUCGCCCCGCCCCCCGUCUUUGGGAGUCCCUGGAAUCAGGGGCUUGGGUGGGGGGCGUCCAGGGAAGUGGGGAGCGCCUUGAGUCCCAACCUGCAAAGCGCGAGGCCGGGCGGAGCCUGCCAGAGGGCGGGCAUGGGCAGCUCUGUGAGCGGGAGCUCGUCCUCCUUGGGGGAGACUUGCCAGAACGGUGCCCUGCUGGACGUUGGGCUGGAAGACGGCGGGUCACUGACCAAGCUGGCCUACUACUCCACCGUGCAGCACAAAGUCGCCAAGGUGCGGUCCUUCGACCACUCGGGCAAGGACACAGAGCAGGACCACGAGCCACCCUAUGAGAUCUCCGUCCAAGAGGAGGUAACCGCCAGGCUGCACUUUGUAAAGUUCGAAAACACCUACAUAGAAGCCUGCCUGGACUUCAUUAAAGACCACCUCGUCAACACUGAGACCAAGGUCAUCCAGGCGACUGGGGGUGGGGCAUACAAGUUCAAAGACCUCAUCGAAGAAAAGCUACAGUUGAAGGUUGACAAGGAGGAUGUGAUGACCUGCCUGAUCAAGGGCUGCAACUUUGUGCUGAAGAACAUCCCACACGAAGCCUUCGUGUACCAGAAAGACUCCGACCCUGAGUUCCGGUUUCAGACGAACCACCCCAACAUCUUCCCAUAUCUCCUGGUCAACAUCGGCUCAGGGGUCUCUAUCGUGAAGGUGGAGACGGAGGACAGGUUCGAGUGGAUUGGCGGCAGCUCCAUAGGGGGCGGCACCUUCUGGGGGCUUGGGGCUCUGCUCACCAAGACGAAGAAGUUUGAUGAGUUGCUACAGCUGGCCUCCAGAGGCCAGCACACGAAUGUGGACAUGCUGGUUCAGGACAUCUAUGGAGGGGCCCACGAGACCCUGGGGCUAAGCGGCAACCUCAUCGCCAGCAGCUUCGGGAAGUCUGCCACCGCGGACCAAGAGUUCUCCAAGGAGGACAUGGCCAAGAGCCUGCUGCACAUGAUCAGCAAUGACAUCGGGCAGCUCGCCUGCCUCUACGCCAGGCUCCACUGCCUGGACCGUGUGUACUUCGGCGGCUUUUUCAUCCGCGGUCAUCCAGUCACCAUGCGCACCAUCACCUACAGCAUCAACUUCUUCUCCAAGGGGGAGGUCCAGGCGCUGUUCCUGAGGCACGAAGGCUACCUGGGCGCCAUCGGAGCCUUUCUCAAAGGAGCCGAGCAAGACAACCCAAACCAGUACAGCUGGGGAGAAAACUACGCCGGCAGCUCUGGGCUCAUGAGCUCAUCGCCCGAGCUCUGCCCCACCCAGCGGGCAAGGAGCGGCACUUUCGACUUGCUGGAAAUGGACCGGUUGGAGAGGCCACUGGUCAACCUGCCUCUCCUUCUGGACCCAUCCUCCUAUGUGCCCGACACGGUCGACCUCACGGACGAUGCCCUGGCCCGCAAGUACUGGCUCACCUGCUUCGAGGAGGCCCUGGAUGGGGUCGUAAAACGUGCUGUGGCAAGCCAACCAGGCUCUGUGGACGCAGCCGAGAGGGCCGAGAAGUUCCGGCAGAAGUACUGGAACAAGCUGCAGACACUGCGGCACCAGCCCUUUGCUUAUGGGACCCUGACUGUGCGCAGCCUCCUGGACACAAGAGAGCACUGUCUGAAUGAGUUUAACUUCCCAGACCCCUAUUCCAAGGUGAAGCAGAAGGACAAUGGUGUGGCGCUGAAGUGUUUCCAGAGGGUGGUCAGUGCCCUGGACGCAUUGGACUGGGAGGAAAGGCAGCUGGCCUUGGUGAAGGGGCUGCUGGCUGGCAACGUCUUUGACUGGGGCGCAAAAGCUGUCUCUGAUGUCCUUGAGUCUGACCCGCAGUUUGGGUUCGAGGAGGCAAAAAAGAAGCUGCAAGAGCGGCCCUGGCUCGUGGACUCCUAUGGCAAAUGGCUGCAGAGACUGAAGGGGCCCCCUCACAAAUGUGCCUUAAUUUUCGCAGAUAACAGUGGAGUAGACGUCAUUUUGGGAGUCUUCCCCUUUGUCAGGGAGCUUCUCUCUAGAGGGACGGAGGUCAUCCUGGCGUGCAACUCGGGACCCGCCUUGAACGACGUGACCUACAGCGAGUCCCUCAUUGUGGCUGAGCGCAUUGCAGCCAUGGACCCCGUCAUCCACUCGGCGCUCAGAGAAGAGAGGCUCCUGCUGGUGCAGACAGGCUCCAGCUCCCCAUGCCUGGACCUCAGCCGCCUGGACAAGGGGCUGGCCGUGCUGGUACGGGAGCGUGGUGCCGACCUGGUGGUCAUCGAGGGCAUGGGCCGUGCUGUCCACACCAACUACCACGCGGCGCUGUGUUGCGAGAGCCUCAAGCUGGCUGUCAUCAAGAACUCCUGGCUGGCCGAGCGGCUGGGCGGCCAGCUCUUCAGCGUCAUCUUCAAGUAUGAGGUCCCAGCUGAGUGAGGCGCAGCCCCUGGGCUGCUCUGCUGGUCACGCGUCAGGAAUGUAUUUCGACUGCAACAGGGAACCGUGUUCAAAUCAAAAUAUUUAUAUUGUGCUUCAGUGACUCGGAGCUGGGUGCGCCGGGGUGGGCCCAGUGCACAUGGCCUUGGGCUCAGUGUUCCUUUAAUGCUGCCGUGUUCGUGGUGGAAGACACAACUUUUGUCCCAUGAGACAUUCGUAUUGGAAUCUAUUUAACUGUUAAAUAAUCUUUUAUAUAUAUAUACAUAUAUAUAUAUAAAUAUAUAUACAUAUCCGCCUCUGACAGGAUGCCAAGGUCGGGGCACAGCAAAUAGAGUUUCCAGAGUGAGAA